GACUCUCACCAGUAACAGCGACAAAAGAGGUGCAUAGAAAAUGGUCUCUCUUCGAUUUCCAUUCUCGUUUUCUCAGCCCCCUACCCCGAAGCCACCCAACGCAUCCACCUCCUCUUCUUUCUCCACCAGUGCAACCACAGCAAGCUCCGUCGCCGCAGUCUGUGGUGCGGGAAUCGCCGCCGGUUUAGCUCUCUCCCAAACUCCCGCUAAUCCUCUAUACGGCAACGCCUUCAGUUCCUUGUUAUCCAAUCUGUUGCUCAAAACAAGCCAUUUCUCUCCGAUGUGGGGUUCUCUUUCUCUCUCCUGUAGCUCCGCUUCGGUUGCUGAACCCAAGACGGGAAUGUCAUUCCCCUCAGUUCUCAAAGAUUCCCAGCGACUUCUUGGAAUUGGGUUGAGGAAAAAAGCCGUUUUGGGGUUGAAAAACAUAGACGUUUACGCUUUUGGGGUAUAUGCCGAUGAUGGUGACAUAAAGAAAGUGCUUACUGAGAAAUAUGGAGCACUGUCCGCAGCUGAAUUGAAAGAAAAGAAGGAAUUGAGGGAGGAUCUCAUGGAAAGUGAUGUAAGCAUGACUAUUAGACUCCAAAUAGUCUAUGGAAGAUUAAGCAUUCAAUCUGUACGUAGUGCUUUCCAAGAAUCUGUUGGGAACAGAUUAAGGAAAUUUGGAGGGCCCAAUAAUAAAGAACUUCUUGAAAGGUUCACAUCCCAGUUCAAAGAUGAAUAUAAGAUACCUCGAGGGUCUAUCAUAGAUCUUUCAAGGGAUCAAGGCUAUGUUCUUCGCACAACAAUUGAUGGACAGGAGGUGGGAAGCAUUCAGAGCAAGCCACUAUGUCGCUCAAUCAUUGAUCUAUAUAUUGGUGAUGAACCUUUUGAUCAGAAAGCUAAAGAAGAUGUUCAAAAGAAUUUGGCUCAUGUUCUGCAGAAGUAGACGUGCACUGAUGAAAAAUCUGUCAAGGUGGAUGAGGGAAGUCUCUACUUGGUUGUUCUUUCUUUCCGUGAAACUGGUUAACAAAUGGGGCGCUCUGUAGAGUUCUUUUUCUUAACUUUAUCCAAGCGCAAUAGAGAAUUGUUGAGAGCCCUUCUCGCGUGCAUCUCUGCUAA